AUGGGCGCGCCCGGCAGGCCUGCCCUCGCUGAUGCCAGCGCGUCACCUGUGAGUGCUCACACACCCCAAAGCCUCUGGUCAGUCAUCUUGUCCUUCCCUCCCCUAGACCUCUGUGCAGCGUUUGACAUCAUAUGUGACCACGUGGGGAAGGACUGGAGACGACUGGCCCGUCAGCUCAAAGUGUCUGACUCCAAGAUCGACGCCAUCGAGGUGAAGUAUCCCCGGAACCUGACAGAACAGGUGCGGGAGUCGCUGCGUGUCUGGAAGAGCUCCUCGGGGGAGAACGCAGCCGCAGCCCACUUGGUGGAGGCGCUGCGGGCCUGCCGGCUCAACCUGGUGGCGGACCUCGUCGAGGAGGACCAGCAGGCCCGGGGCCUCCAGCGCGAGAACGAGAGCACCGGCAGCACACUGUCCCUCAUGUCCUGGGACUUGGACACCCCCACGUCAGGAGUCUCCUCCUGACCCCCUGCUCUCCCCCAGGGACCACAGCACCCCCAGAGUCUGAACUUGGGCGGGUACCUUCUGGGUGCCCAGACUAUGACCCCUGUGGUUCCGUGGUUACUAUUUUGUGUCAAAGUCACUAGCUUUCUGUUAACAAUUGGCCAGGGGCUGGGAAUCCUGUCAUUUUAAAAAGCCAUCCUCCUGCUUCUAUUGAGCAGAUGCCUUCCCAGCAGAAACCUCCAUUGCAGAUAAUUUUCUGUCUCUAUUGUGAUUUUGCAUCACACAUUCUCAAGAGCAGCGUCUCAGCCGCGAUCUCCGUUGCAGCGGUUCUGGGGUUCUGGGCUCCGCCUGUGAGUGACUGCAUUUCCUCCCAGCUGACCCAGCCUCUAAAGAGGGGAGUGUCACCCCCAGCAAACCCGGACCUGCAGAGGGCAGCACUGGCUCGCUUAGGCCCUGCCUCCCUCCAGAGGCACCAGAAGGCCUUCCAGCUAUGACCUUGGCAAAGCUGCAUGUGGUGGGAUAUCGUGCAUCGCCUUGGCGGUUGCUGAGGUCCUAGACACACUGUCCCCCCUAAGCUCGGAUCCAGCCUUUGGGCCUCCACACCUUCAACAGAUACUUCAUAUGCCUGGAGCUGGAGCCACAGCAGCACACAGAACAGAAGUGGCCCUGCCCCGUUCACCCCCAAAACUGCCCAGGACACAGGUGUUAGCCAGCCCAUCACAGGCCUGCUUGCAGGCCCCUCCAGUACCAGCAUCACAGGCAGGAAGCACUUGAUCACCCAUCACCUUUGCUGAGUCUUGCAACUCAAAUCAGAGCUUCGUGUGGGUGAGAUUAGGGCACAUGGUGGGUGACGUGAAACUGCCCCGCAGCUAGGGCCCCUCCUAGGUCAGAGCUGUAGAGCGGGAUGAACUUGCACAAGAAAUUGCCCCCUGAAGCUGGGCUCCAGGCCUGAUGGAAGCAGCUUUGUUAAGCCAGCCCCUUCGUGGUCAAGAGGUUCUCACGGGACUCACCGAGCCCAGGAGUGAGGCUUGCUGAACAGGACAAGCAGCCUGUCCUCGAGGCCCAGUGUCCCCAGCUUUGUAAAGAAGGAAACAUAUGAGAAAAUAUAUACACUGUGUAGAAAAGCACAGAUGGGCUUUUCUGACGUCAGUUAUUAUACUGUGUUUGCCACAUUUUCUCUGAUGUGUGUGGUCACCCACACUGGUGGGUGCUCUGCCCCUGAAGAGCAUGUGCUUCGAAUCCGACCCAGCAUCGCCCUUGGGCUCUGCCUCUGGGGUUCCAUCUCCUUACACAGGGCCUUAGAGAAAUAACUAUUUUUCAAAUCUGUGGCUACUUGCUUCUUAGGUGCCUUCACAAUGAGCAGUGACAUUCCCCUUGGGGGGAUCUCAGGCUGUUCUGCUGCUUUUCAUGGUCUCAGGAUACUUGGGCCUCUGGUUCUGGAGGGUCACUUCUCAUCCCCACGCAUGAACCGAUUGCCACACAGCAUUUAUGCACCGGUGAUGAAGGCUGCUCCCAGGCGAGUAUUCAGGGUCUUUCCAUAGCCCCUCCUGGGACAGAUGUGACUGGUGUCCAGUCAGAGCCGUGUCCUCAACAUUCACCCACCCUAAGUAGGGAGCUGCUACAAGUUCUGGACAAGGAUUUCUUGUAGCAAUUGACAAAAACCACAUUUUUUGCAAUCACAAAAAUGUACGUUUCUAAUAAAGGUGCUGGUGAAUCACGUGGUUGCCUUGAAA